GCCUCUCAUGCACGAAGAAGUUUUCCCAUAAAAUCUAGGGUUGCCUCUCUGCACCUCCCCAUAUCACCUAUCGGCUUCCUUGGCUACAAGUCACAGAAGGGUUCCUCCCCAAGCCGCCAAACUCCAUCUGAUCACUCAACCACCGCCCCACGUGAAAUCCACCUCUCACCACGGUUGCACUAGUACCGUAAACAACCCAGACAGCUUGGUCCUGCUACUCCUCACGCCACCUUCGUUUCGGUUAACACCCACUCCACCACUCCGUCUGAAGUUUGGAUUUUCUUGGGUACGUACAUAUAUUCAAGCCCAGCACGAAGGCGAUCGAAGACACCAACCGACCAAUACGAUGACAACGAUGCUACCUGUCUCUGAAUAUUUGCUUUUGAAGAGCGGCGAGAAACGCAAUCUGCAUUCAUCAGUGGAUUAUCUAAGUGAAUUGCCGCAAGAAAUUAUUGUCUUCAUCCUGUCACUGCUGAAAAUCAAAGAAGCAGGGAGGACGAGUGUACUGUCCAGCAGGUGGAGAUAUCUGUGGAGAUACAUGUGUGGUUUAGACUUUGACGAGUCAAAGUUGAUGAGUCAGAUCCGGUGGCGAAAGGUGCGGAUCGAGUGUAUGAAAGCUGAAAGGCGUAGGUUUUUCCGUUUGGUGAAACACGUAACGGAAAUGCAUCAAAGUCAAACAAUAGAUGAAUUCAAAGUAGGUUUUGAAGUGUACGAGCCGCACUUUAAGUCUGAAAUUGAAAGCUGGAUAAACUUUUCCAUGAAAAAGAAAGUUAAAAGGCUUACAUUGGACUUUGAAAGGGCUGGGGAUGGCUAUACUAGAACUCGUGGAAAUUACACUCUUACUACUCGGUUCCUCCAUAGGUAUAGCAUUCAUUCGCUUACAUCCCUCUGUCUGACUGCAGUGGAAGUGACAGGACUAGUUCUUGAUCACAUUUUAUCUAAAUGCCCAUUUCUCGAAGUGUUGCACGUGGAAGUCUCACAAUCUUUGGUGAAUUUAAAGGUAGCUGGCCCUUCGCUGAAGCUAAAGCGGUUGGAAAUAUUACGCUGCAAAUGUCUUGAGAAUCUUGAGAUUUCUGCUAUGAAUCUUGUUUCAUUUAAAUAUAGUGGUCCAGAGAUCACAAAGAUGGUUCUAAAGCAUGUUCCCAAACUCGUUGACCUGUCUUUAGCAUGUCAUUAUGCUUGCUUUUUUGUUAAACAUUCCAGCCAGUUUUCAAGUUGUCUUUCUAAGUUGAAGACACUCGAACUAGACCUCGGAGUUGAGAAGUUUUUCCGGUUCCCCAGAUUUCCAGAGUUAACAAACCUCAGGCAAUUGAAGUUGAGAGUAAAUGCAAGAGAUGUUGAGACCCUGCUCCAUUGCACUUCCCUGCUAAAGGCAUCACCCUUUUUGGAGAAGUUCUCAAUGCAGUUGCUAUUCUCAAAUGGGGCUGCAACAGGAAAAAUGAAGGUGCGGAAAGCUAAACAUCCACACCAAUGCCUCAAGGUGGUUGAAGUGACAGGUUUUAUUGGGUGCACAGUUGACAUGGAGCUUUCCCUUUAUGUACUCAACAAUGCUGCGUGCCUGGAGAAGCUAGUUAUUGAUACCCGGUAUUCAUUGGAAGAGGAAAUUAGAUGGCUUAAUAGGUGGUGUGCAGAGAGAUUACAAGACAUGAUUCUUUGUCCAGAACUAGAUGAAAGAAUAAGGGACACUGGAGAGAAAUCAGCAGCCAUUGCUUGUGCAAGGCAACUAGAAGCAAGAUUACCUCCCGGGGUUGAACUGGUGAUAUUAUAAACUUAUUUCCCCUUUAGUAGCAGCACCUGGGCUGUACAUGAAGCUUUUGAAGGCUCAUUCAUCUUGUUUUCAGAGAUGAGA